UUGGAUAUCGAUUUCACCCCAAUCUUUGUUGUGAAAGACUCACCUGUCCCGAACCUAGACACAGUCUCACCUACCCUUUAACAUACUCCCAUCCAAAGACGCAAUCAGUCAUCUUCUCAAGAUGCCUCUGAAACAACACGGUCGUGACUACGACAUUGUCGUCUAUGGAGCCUCAGGCUACACCGGCAAAUACACAGCCCAACACAUCGCCACGCACCUACCCACCACCCUGAAAUGGGCCGUAGCCGGCCGCUCCCGCUCCAAGCUCGAAGCCGUCGUGUCCCGGCUUCAAGAACUCAACCCGGACCGGCUCCCGCCCUCCAUCGAGAUCAUCGCCUCCACCACCGACCGCACUGCCCUCGAAUCCCUCUGCCGCCGGACCUUCAUACUCCUCACCACCGUCGGACCCUACGGCUCCCUAGGCGAGCCCGCCUUCGCCGCCUGCGCCACCACCGGCACGCACUACUUUGACGUGACAGGCGAAGUCCCCUUUGUCCACAAGAUGAUCACCAAAUACUCUUCUUUGGCCGCCCAAUCCGGAGCCAAAAUGUUUCCCCAGAUCGGCAUCGAAUCCGCCCCCUCCGACUUACUCACCUGGUCUCUCACCCAGCAACUAAAGCGCGAGUUCGGUCCUGCAACAAAAACAGGCGAAGUGACGCUGAGCAUCCACACCCUGCGCUCUGCUCCUUCGGGCGGCACACUAGCAACAGUCUUCACCAUCCUCGAGACCUUUUCUCUCAAGCAGUUGAAGGAAGCAUAUAAACCCUACGCUUUAAGUCCCGUCCCGCAUCCGAACCCAGACCUCGCCGAACGGCGCACCACGUGGAUCACCAAGGUGACUGGCUUAGCUACCACCCCCAUUCUGGGACUGGGAACGACUUCGGUAGCAGCCAAGACGGACGCGGCGAUCGUGCAGCGUACUUGGGGUUUGCUUUCGCAGGCAAGUACCAACAAGGGGAAAGCAGAAGAAGACGAGAGUUAUGGUCCCCGGUUCAGCUUUAAGCAGUACAUGAAACCCCGGAACUGGUUGAGCGGGGUGGCUAUCCAUUUGGGGUUGAUGGUGUUGGGACUAGUCAUGGCUACGCCGUUUUUGAGAAAGGUGGCCAAGAAGUUUGUCUAUCAGCCGGGCGAGGGAGCGGAGGAGGAAGUGGCGAAGCGGGAUGAGUUGGAGUAUUGGGGGGUUGCGAAGCCUGAUUUUGGUGGGGAUGAAGUAAAGGAGAAAGAGGAGGGGAGGAAGAGGGCGUUUGGACGGUGUUGGUUUCGGGGGCCGGUUUAUUAUUAUACCGGUGUCUUGUUGGCUGAGGCGGCUGCCACGUUGCUUGACGAGGAGAGCGUGGAUGAACAGCUUGGUGGUGGUGGGAUUUACACGCCUGCUUGCUUGGGACAGCCGUUCAUUGACAGGUUGGACAAGGCUGGGUUCCAUUUUGAGACGAAGAUCAUGGAAGAGUAAGAGGCGACACGAUUGUUGGUAGUUUGAGUGUUGCUUGAGAGUGACAUGAGGAAAUACGUGGAAUGCAUUGUUGUGGCGUUAUUGAUAGGAUAUCGCUAUUUUAUGAGACAGCUUGCCGUUGAACUUUAUGAUUUUACCUGGAUGGCUACUAUCUAGCUGUCAUCGAGCGAGAUAAGUCGUAGCACAUAUUCACUGUAUUAGUUGCUAGAUAUAGUAUACCACACAAAAAGGUUGAUCUUAUUUACA